CUCGCUCAUUAUAGACGUUGCUUUUCUGAGUGUAGCCCCGGACAGAAUGACGCCGCCCUUAAUGAAGACCGCUUCAAAGCCUUCCGGGAAGCUGCAAGCGACUGUCCUGGACAGCGCUGGCAAACUCGAUUUCGGCGAGUUCGAGCUGCAGCUCUUCGACAGCCGCUACAUGAACAAGCGGUCGCAGACCUCCGACUCGAUGAAGCUUGGCAACUGGCUGAAGCCGUCAUGCAUCCCCAUCACCAUCAUCCUCUUGCUCAUCGUCCUCGUCGUCCUCUUCCCUCUCCUGGGCCACUCUCGGGACGGUGGCUUCGCAUCCAAGAGCGCUGGAAAAAAUGGCAGGCCUAUCAACUGCCUUGACUCAUGCUCAUUUACACUCGUGGAAAGCAUACCGGAGAACUUGACGUUUCCUUCCGGAUCCCCGUCGCACGUCAGCACCUAUGACGGCUGGAAAACUCUACUACAGCUAGCCACAAAAGAGAUAAAGAUAGCCUCCUUUUACUGGACUCUUCGAGGAAGCGACAUAUACGAAGACCCGUCCGAUUGGCAGGGUGAAGACAUAUUUAAGGAAAUCGUCAUGGCAGGCAAAAAUCGGUCCGUCGACAUUAAGAUUGCACAGAACAUGCCGAGAGAGAAAGAGCCGAACCUGGACACGCAAGAUCUCGUUAGUCAAGGUAUUGCAACUGUGAGGAGCGUUGACUUUGAUCAUCUCAUGGGUGCUGGUGUUCUCCACACAAAAUUUUGGAUUGUCGACAACAAGCACAUCUAUGUCGGAAGUGCUAACAUGGACUGGAGGUCUCUGACUCAGGUUAAGGAGCUUGGUGCGCUCAUCUUGAACUGCGGCUGCCUCGCCCAAGACUUGAACAAGGUGUUCCAAGUAUACUGGGACCUCGGCGUUCCGAACGCCACAGUUCCGGCCCACUGGCCCGCAGAUCUCAGCACCGACAUUAAUGUCGAGACGCCUGCCGACGUGGACUUCAAUGGCACGUCGACACAGACGUACUUUUCGAGUUCCCCGCCACCUUUCUGUCCUGACGGACGUACCACGGACAUUGACAGCAUCCUGGACGUCAUUGCGAGUGCUGAGAAGUUCAUCCACAUUGCAGUCAUGGAUUACCUUCCUGUGACUCUUUAUCAGAAGCCAACAAAAUUCUGGCCUCGCAUAGAUGAUGCCUUGCGGGCGGCUGCCAUUGCGAAUAUUGAGGUUCACCUGCUGAUCAGCAAGUGGAACCACACUCACCAUGCUAUGUACAGCUACCUCCGGUCCCUGUCGGUGCUGCGAUCACGUUACGUGAACAUCCACGUUAAACUGUUCGAAGUGCCUGCUUUUACGCCAGAGCAGGAGUUGAUACCCUUUGGGAGAGUGAACCACAACAAGUACAUGGUCACCGAUAACAAGGCAUACAUUGGCACCUCAAACUGGACGCCCGGCUAUUUCAUCAACACUGGUGGUGUCGGUCUCGUCAUGGACCAGUCGGGCAACAAUGACACGUCGUCAUCCCAACCAAUCAGGGAGCAGCUGAACUCGGUGUUCGAGCGGGACUGGAACUCGCCGUACGCGCGAUGGCUGUGAUAGUCGCGGCACCCUUUUUCUUUUCUCUCGGUCUCGCUCAGCUCAGGUGGGUGCUCAGUCGUUGGUUGGGGCAGCUGUUGAGCAGCAAAGACAGUCCGUUGAACGUACUGGUGCCUAGAGACACGAUUCAACAGCACGAUUAAUCGGCGCUUUUCAUCGACGGUGGGACGAGUGAAUGUUGCUGGGUGUGUUUCGACACUCAUCGAGGGAUUCAGCGUGGACAAGUCUUCUACAGCGGAUUUGUGCGGAUGGAUUAGCUAAGUUUGUUGAUUGUGAAAGGGGCCGUGACACCUUUUUUUUUUGUUAAUCUAUGUUGUAUGUGUUAAUCCUUGUGCGUUAGCACACAGGCUGGUGAAACUUCGGUUGAGCACUUAAUUUUUAAUUGAAUAUUUCUAUAAACACACGAGCAGCCUGAGAGUUAGGCAACACUGGUACUCUCACAAGUGGUGACACAAG